AUGACGAAGAAGGACUCGAAGAAGUCGCUGCGGCCGGGCAGCAAGUCGGCCCGCUCGACGGCGUCGAAGCGGCGUUCCGCGUCGCGCAAGGCCGGGUCGAAGAGCAGCCGCUCGGCCAAGUCGAGCAAGUCGGCCAAGUCGCGCAAGGCCAAGUCGUCGAAGGGGCCGAGCAGCAAGAGCGGCCGGAAGAGCGGCAGCGCCUCGUCGAAGAAGAGCACGUCGGCGUCGCGUCGUCAGAAGAAGUCGCUGGGCGCCGGGCUGGCCACUGCCGUUGACAAGUCGAACAAGUCCGACAAGGAGAAGUGCAAGACGGCCGUCUGCCCGAGCGACAAGGAGACGAAGGUCGACGUCGCCGCCCAGGCCAAGGAGCUCCAGGACAAGGUAUCGGAGACCCAUUUCGUCACUUUAAUCCCCCCCGACGUCUUCAAGGUGGGCGGUGCCGCGCCGAAGACGGUGGAGAUGCGCAUGCAGCCGGCGGAACUCGUGUGGAAGCAGAACGGCGGCGUCAAGCAGGUCCACAUCGUCAACAACUCGAAGGAGCGCCGCGCCGUCAAGGUGAAGUGCACGGAUAACCUGCUGUACCGCGUGCACCCGGUGUGCGGCUUCGUCGACCCGGGCGAGUCGUACAAGGUCGAGGUGCUGCGCAACAACGGAUCCACCAAGUCGGACGUGCUCCUCUUCAUGACCACUAAGGCUGGCGAGCAGAAGGAGGCGCGCGAAUGCUUCGCCGACAAGGCCCAGCAAAACGAGAUGCUCGUCCUGCCGAUGCUCCCCGAGAAGGACGACGUGGCCGUC